AGAGAGAGAGAGAGAACUGCCAGUGGACUUUGCACGUGCGGCAUAGAAGUGCGCGCGUGCGAGAGAGCGAGAAUGAGGCGCAAGCCCGUAGCGGGACCACCCCGACCUACAGUUCCCGUCCGCGAGGCAUGUGCUCCGUGAAGCAGCGGCAGCAGCACGAGAGCAGUGGCGGUCGGUGUACCGGACUUGCGAGGAUGCUGCUCCAGCUCGGGGCGCUGCUCAUGGCAGUGCUCAUCGCCACGGCCUCGGCGAGCAGCACGGCGAGCAGCCUCAAGAGUACGUCGCCGAUCGUCCGUCAGCAGACCGACGACUAUUAUCAAGGUCGAGGCAUGAUUUUCGGCCUGAAACUCGGUUAUCGCGACAAAGGCGGGACGGCCAGGCGGCGCCGAUGGCCCGAGAUACUGGUUCACCGGCCCGACGAUUGGCAAAUGGUGCAGCGCUACGCCAACCAGUCGCUGAGCAGCACGAUCGAGCCGAGCAGUCGAGUGACUCGGUCUCUCAACUCUAAGCAGCAGCAGCAGCAGCGGCAGCAGCAGCAGCAGCAGCAGCAGCAGCAGCAGCAGCAGCAGCAGCAAAAGCUGCACGAGCGCACGAACCGCGGCGGUGGUAAAAAGAAUCGCACGAAGGUCGACUCGCCGAAAGAGCAGCGGAGAAGAUGUCGACAGAGGGGCAACUGCAGAGGACGGAACUGGUGUCCGGACAUGGACGUGGGUAAUCGCGCGUUCCUCGCCCCAACGGUGUUCGAGGGCAAAGCCCGCAGCAUGUCUUCGCUGCGCAAACCCGGCUCCAACUACGCGGUAACCUUCGAGGUGAAGCAGGUGUUCAAGAGCCAGCCGGGCUUUCAGCCGUUGCAGAAGAACGACAGUGUGAGGCUACACUUUCGUGACAAAACUGCCCCGGGCAAGUCGACCGUCUGCCAGGAGGCAGCGGCCACCGCAGCAGCUGCUGCCCUCAGUUCUAGUGCGAGUUCUAGUGGUGCUACAAGCCAACAACAACAGCGUCAUCAGCAGCAACAACGUGACAGUGGCGGUCUAGUGCGCGCUAACAUAAAGAGGGGUAAAGUGUAUCUUGUGUUUGUGAACCGCGUGGGACCCAGGAACUUCACGAUCCUCGGCGAACCGGUCAUACGUAGCAAGAAGAACGAGCAGGCCGUCCAGGCCGUCAUUCGUCCUGAUUAUGUACGAGAAGUCACGUUAUCCGAGCUAAGGGACUCAGUGGCGAGGUACCGGGACAGAGUUAAGCUCGUGUGUCGAACGAGAGGCUCGCCACCUCCAAGAGUGCACUGGCUCAAGGAUGGAGUUCCUUUACAACCGAGGAGAGGUCUUCGAAUCCAGCACAAACGACGGCGAUCAAAAGUGGUGAUAUCGUCGGCACGACCGGAAGACAGCGGUAGAUACGAAUGCGUAGCUGAAAGUACUUCUGGUCAUAGGGCUUCACUUGCAGCCCAGCUUCUAGUCGCUCGUGAUACGAGAAUUCCGGAAACCACGACACCGGCGUGGUACAGACAAGAGCAGCCCUGUCCGAUCGCAGGCGACUUUUGCAUGAACGGUGGUACCUGUCUAUUCUUUGAGACGGUAGGAGAGCCAGCCUGCAGGUGUCCGGAAGGCUUCCAGGGUCUGAGAUGUGAAACGAAGGACGUCAUCAGUACCGGAAACAUAGACAAAUUCUCUUCGUUCACCGAGGACCUAGAGUUGGCCCGAUUCUAGCGCAUCUAGCGGCACUGUCAAGCUUGCACACCAGGACAUUCAUCGUGUUUUGUUUUAUUGUAGCCCCAACCCAAUCCAGGUUCUUAUCCCGUGCUCUUGUUCUUCGCUCAGGACAACACCGCACAACCACCAGGCCUCUUCUUGACUCACACGCGUGCUGUCAUCGUCACACGGCUCCUCGGUCUUCGAUAAAGCGACCUACGUCUAGUGCUGCACCUCGUCCUCUUCAAUGAAAAAGCAAACGCUCUUUCUCAUUUGGACGCUCCUUUUUACGUAUGUUGCUGCUGCUGCUGCUGCUGCUGCUGCUGCUGCUGCUGCUGCUGCUGCUGCUCGACAAAGUUCUUCUUAUGCGGCAAGCAGCUUUUACUCGUCGAGUUUUGAGUGAGGAGCGAAAGAAGAAGAAAGCAGCGUAAUGGAGGAAAGAGAGAGAGAGAGAGACGACUGUCGAAAAUAAACUCUUGGCAACUCGAUGCGCCAUGCGGAGAAGCGCGCGGGAGAGAGAGAGAGAGAGUAACCGCGAAGAGGGCUAACGUGGAGUCUGGAUAGGAUGAUAUUUUCGCCGACGUUAACGGGGAGAGAAGGAGAAUGGGGACACACGCAAAAGACAAAGAGAGACAGAGAAACUACUGCCCGAUACGUCGACCUGCGUCCACAACACGGAAAGGAAACACGAGAAGGAAACUCUCUCUUUCGCUCUCAUAUCUGCCCCGCAGUACUCUCUCUCUCUCUCUCUCUCUUUUCAAUACUUCUCUGGACACGUCUCGUCGUGCUACAGGUCACUAUAUGUAAAAAACAAACUGCGGGACGAGCUUGCAGCUACUGCACAAUCGCAAGAAUCAGAAUACCUUUAUAUAUAAUUACUAUUAAAAUUUCAAUUAGAUUAUGUUUGAAAGACACCGAAAUUUGAUUUCUAUGCGUAUUUGACAGAAAAUUGAGAUGAAAAAUUUAAUGAAAUUUGUAAUAGACUUGCAUUUUAAUUAUUUUUUUUAUCAACGGUAAUGCUGCAACUUUCAUAAAUAACUUUUGUCGUCGAACAAUAUAAAUUAUUAUAUUGUUAUUAAAUGCAUUAUCUUAAUGUAUGAUUCACAUGGAAAUUCAAUUAUAAAUUAUUAAGCUUAUAUAAAUUUUAUCAAACGAACUAUCGCGGAUGGAAUAAUCAAUUAAUCUUUGAAUGAAUUGAUAACGACGAUGAUACGUAAUACAAAAGAAUGAACAACGACUAAGAUUUCUAUAUACACGCGUACUACUAAAUAUCGAAUUAGCUCCAUAUUUAUGCAACAAAUACGAAUACAAACCAGAUUUCGACGUUUGAAAUAUUUAUUCCGCCGAAACGAGCAGGACGAAUCAACAUGAAUAUUAUAUAUGAAACGAGGAAACUGAUGAGCAAAAUUUCUGACGAGCGAAGAAUCAUCACGCGAGGAUGUGUGUGUGAGAGCGAAGAGCGAGUUCCACUUUUCCAAAAAUAAAGCACCAUCACAUAUAAAACAUAUAUGUAGCCAUAACUUUAUAAAUGUCCGUGCAAGCUUUCUAGUGCCGCUGAAAGUAAAUUUAAUGAACUUCUAGAUAGUUCACUUCGUUGACUGCGAUCAACAAAAGCAAUUUGUACAAAAUUUCUACAUACUGUAUAAGACAUUAGUUGAUUGAUUUAUUUAUCGUCGUCAGGCAAUAACGACUGUGUUCGACCAUCGCCUGUUUUGUCUAGUCAUUUAAAUACAAAACUACGUCACUUUUUAUUCACUUAUUCUUAAAUAUUUAUUUAAGUCAUAUGAUUUUCAUGUGAUUAUUGUAAAAAAUUUAUGUUACCGUUCUAAACAAUUUUGUGGUAGUAACAAAUUAGUUAGAAAAACAAUCUUCUAAAGACACAUAAUUUGUGGACUACUAUUAUAUAGUGUCAUGUACAAUAAUAUUUAUAAAGAAUACGAAGAUAAGCCUAAACCUAUAUGUACACAAUGAAACUAAAAUUUUAUUGAAGUAAUGAUCAAUCGAAUAAGAAAUGUAUUUCUAACUUCAAGUUGUUUUAAUAAACAUCACGUUUAUUUUAUAACAAACAUUGUUUAUAUUUUUGUACAUAAAAGUCAAAAUAUUUCUACAAUGGCCUGAGAAAUCCUAAGGUCAUGCUGACAUAAUACUGCAAAUAAUAUAAAAAUAAUAACAUAAGCAUAAUGAUAAAAUAACUGUUGUUGUAAAACACUGAAAUUCGACGGAAAAAUGUCAUGAAAAUAUAAGGAAUACGUCCUCAUACAUAAUUUCACAUUCAAGGCAAUGAACGGAUUGAACGAAAUAUUGUGAAUACUCAUCAAACUGUAAAGAAAAGGUAUCUUACUAUUUCUCACUCAGUAAACAUUUAUGUAUAUUUUUUGUGUAAAUGAUAUAAUAAUAUGCCGUGUCGUUAGAAAACAAGCUAGAUAACCAUAUUUUUACCAAGUUUGUUGAAAAAGACUUUCAACGCAAGUGACUAAUGAUCACACGAAUAUGGUAUUGAUGUUAAAAUAAUUCAUAUAUACUAGAAAGUUAAAAAAAAUUUCAUACUUAUAUACACUCCGACAAAUACACUAAUUUGUCAAUUAUUGGCACUUUUAUCAAUUGUAUAUUUCUAGAAACGGCAAUAAAUUGACAAUGUGAGUAAGAUUGAUUUCAUUUCACUUCAAAUUGCAGAUGAAUGAUAUUGACAUUUUCAGCGAACAUUGUAAAAGUUUUUGAUGUUAUGCUGUUUCAAACGGCCCUGAUGAAAAAUCCUUUGUAUUUUACAAAGAAAAUGGAUGAUACUAAAGUAUCAAUACUGCAAAUAUGUAUGAUUAAAAAUGGAAACAAGAUUUGUAUUGAAUACUAAAUAAAUUAAUUAAUAAAUAGCAAUAUAAUGAUGUGAAAUAAGCAAUAAGAAUAAAUAAUCAAGCUUGGUCUGCACAAUCAUGCAAUGCUCUUCUGAAAAUGUAUCCAAUCGCCUUAUCUGCGCUCUGUAUAGUACCAUUCAAUGAAAUAAUUUCAAUGAAAAUCUGUAUACUUGUGUAUUUAUAGCAAAAAUCAAUAUUAAUAUCCAAACACCCUUUUUCAGAAAAAUUGUGUACAUUUUUUUGUUUAUCUUUUACAUUUGAUAUAUCCGAUGUACAUCAACUUUGUAUAUGAAAUUGUUUUUAACUGGUCCUCAACUAUAUCUGUUAUCAUUGCAUUCGUUCAAUAUGCAAGUGUGAAAUUGACUCUUACCCGAAAUAUAAUGAAUAAAUUUAUUGAAGAUAUGAAUUCUAAAUCACGUUAACAGACAUUACCACGAAUCGUUAUUUUGCUCGUCGCCGUAACUUGCCUGUUUUUAAUAAUAGCUCGAUUAUUUUGUAUAUUUAUUUUUUUAUUUUUUCAGUGUUUCUCGUCAAACAUUUAUACAUCAAACAUUGUAUAAAUACACAUUUAACUAUUGUAAAUCUAAAAAUUGUAAAUACGCAAUCAUGAUAAACGCAAUUUUGUCUUUUUCAAUUGUACGUAUUCUUUAUUAAGAGUUAUAGUAUUAUAUUUUUCCAGUUCAAACAUGAAAAAUUAUAAACUAAUUUUUAUGAUAAUUUCUUUGAAAAGGUAGUAAUGAUGUCAAGUAUGCUGCAUUUAUUAUACAUACAAUAUUGUAUGCAUCACGCGUUGUUUACACGCUAACUUUAAAAGUGUUUUUCUGAUUAUCAUGAAAUCGUACGAGUUUCCAUUAUAUAAAAUACUAUAAUAUACCUCGCUAAAUUUGAAAAUUAAGGUAGAAUGUAUGUCAAAUAUUUACAACGUCAAUAUUGUCGUCAAUUAUCGUCAAUUUUUAAGAAAUUAAUUCGUUGUUUUAAAAUACAAUGGUACAAUUGCAUGGGUUAAUAACAUAUAAUAAUUAAUGUCAAUUAUUACAAAAAUUUAGUAAAGUUUCUUCUGUAUUUUAUGUAACGUCAAAUGAAUAUGAGAAAAACACUUUUGUCUGAUUUCGUCGCAAUUACUUCAUGAACGCGUGAUUGUAUGCCAUUGUCAAUUCUAUAAUAUAAGUAUGAAUAAUAAAGAAAAUGAUCUUAUAAUCCACGAUAUCUAUGGAUGAAAGAAUUAAAUGAAAUGAACGAAAAAAAAUAUAUAAAUAUACUUCUUCACAAUAGUUGCUAGAAUACUUUCUAUUGAAUUUGUGUCAAUAAUGCUAAUGAUUUCGCGGAUUAAACUGUAUGUAAUUCAUGAAUUUUGAUUUAUCUUUCGUGGUAAGUUUACAAGAUUUAACAAAAUGGAAGUGAAGUUCGGAAAAUAGAGUAAUAAAUGGAAAACGUACGCAAAGUUCUAGUAUAUAAAAAAAUAAUAAAGAGUAAAGAAUGUUUUCUAAUUCUCUGAAUCUUAGUAUAUGAGAUAUGAAUUUGCAUAGAAUGAAACUAUGCAGCGCGUACGUUAAGAAUAUUCAGAUAUAAUGAAUGCACUGUGAAUUCAAGCCAACUUUAGUCGCACAAAAUAUAUUUACAUUCACUAUAAAUAGGUAAUAUGAAGAUGUUAUUUAAUCGGAUUUUUAUGUUUAAAUAUUUGUUGAUUAUGUUAUACUUUGAAAUAUCAAACAAUUGAAUUUCAAUUGUUUUCACAGUAUAUACCGUUCAAACAUCGAAAAUCUGUCAGAUAUUGUUGAAUAAAAGUAUGUAUUUGAAAAAUUCAAGUAUGUUUGUAUGUUAA